UUUAUUGAAAGCCUCUAAGUUGUACAACCAGCACAUCGAUGUUUUUCCCCACUCCAGAAAAAUAGUCGCCGGCCCUCGUUCAACGUGUUCGUCUCCGAAUUUUCAACUGAGAGGAAGCAUUCUGAGUUGAAGCACUGUUAACCCCAUUGCCCACUGUCCUCCUUCUUCACUACACUACAGGUUUUAGGGUAUUGAUAUCUCUCGCUUGUGUGUUCGUCAAUGGCAACUGUGUUCCGCAGCCAUGUUCUGUCGUCGCCCAGAGUCAACUCCGUUUCCUCUCUCAGCUCCAACAGUCACUCUUCCCACACUCUCCUGCACUUCCCUGGAAUCUCAAACCCCACAUUCCCUUCGCAUUCCUCCCUCUCAACAUCCGCCAUCUUAACCAAUUCAAAGAUAUCCUUUCCUAAAUCCACUUCCAUUUCCUGUUCUCAAUCCCAGAACAACACUCCCUCUCGCCGUCGCCCUGAGUACAUUCCCAAUCACAUCCCUGACCCCAACUAUGUCCGGAUCUUUGACACCACGCUCCGCGACGGCGAGCAGUCCCCCGGAGCUUCUAUGACCUCCAAGGAGAAAAUCGACAUAGCGCGCCAGCUCGCCAAGCUUGGUGUGGAUAUUAUUGAGGCGGGUUUCCCCGCUGCAUCCAAAGAUGACUUCGAGGCUGUGAAAAUGAUAGCCAACGAGGUUGGAAAUGCUGUUGACGAUGAAGGAUACGUGCCUGUCAUUUGCGGAUUAUCCAGGUGUAAUGAGAAGGAUAUUAGUACUGCGUGGGAGGCUGUGAAGCAUGCUAAAAGGCCAAGAAUCCACACCUUUAUAGCUACCAGCGCAAUUCACAUGGAGUAUAAGUUGAAAAAGACUAAGGAGCAGGUGGUUGAGAUUGCCCGGAAUAUGGUGAAGUUUGCCCGGAGUUUAGGCUGCGACGACGUGGAGUUCAGUCCUGAAGAUGCUGGGAGAUCGGACAGGGAGUUUCUGUAUCAGAUAUUGGGAGAAGUAAUCAAGGCUGGCGCAACGACGUUAAACAUACCUGACACUGUCGGUAUAACUAUGCCCAGUGAGUUUGGAAGAUUGAUUGCUGACUUAAAAGCCAAUACUCCUGGAAUUGAAAAUGUCAUCAUUUCAACCCACUGUCAAAAUGAUCUAGGACUUUCUACUGCCAACACCUUAGAGGGUGCACGUGCUGGUGCAAGGCAAUUGGAAGUAACAAUUAAUGGGAUAGGUGAGAGGGCUGGCAAUGCAUCUCUAGAAGAGGUUGUGAUGGCUCUGAAAUGUGGGAAAGAUCAUGUCUAUGGCGGUCUUUAUACAGGAAUUAAUACACGUCACAUCUAUUUGACGAGCAAGAUGGUUGAAGAGUACUCUGGUUUGCAAUUGCAGCCACACAAGGCUCUUGUAGGUGCUAACGCUUUUGCUCAUGAAAGUGGCAUUCAUCAGGAUGGAAUGCUAAAACACAAAGGUACAUAUGAAAUAAUAGCUCCAGAGGAUAUUGGGUUUGAAAGAUCCAAUGAAGCUGGUAUUGUUUUGGGGAAACUUAGUGGACGUCAUGCUUUGAAAAGAAGACUUGAAGAGCUUGGUUACGAGCUCAAAGAUGACCAAGUUGAAAAUAUGUUUUGGCGUUUCAAAGCAGUGGCUGAGCAAAAAAAGAGAAUCACUGAUGCUGACCUACGAGCAUUGGUAUCGGAUGAAGUUUUUCAGGCAGAACCAAUCUGGAAGUUUGAUGCUUUGCAGGUGACAUGUGGGACUCUUGGUCUGUCGACAGCAACUGUCAAACUUAUUGAUGCUGAUGGUAAAGCUCAUGUUGCUUGUUCUGUCGGUACUGGACCAGUAGAUUCAGCUUACAAGGCUGUCGAUCUCAUUAUAAAGGAACCAGCAACACUUUUGGAGUACUCACUGAAUGCAGUUACAGAAGGCAUAGACGCAAUUGCUACAACCCGAGUUGUAAUUCGAGGGAAGGCAAGUCAUCCAUCCACUCACGCUUUAACUGGAGAAACAGUUUACAGAACAUUUAGACAAAUUUGCGUAUGGAUGUUCUGCUUUUGGGUCAGUGGGACAGGGGCUAGCAUGGACAUUGUUGUUUCCAGUGUCAAGGCUUAUGUUUCUGCACUAAACAAGAUGAUGGAUUUUAGCGAAACAAGUAUUUCAGCUGAGAGAACCGAAGUUGCUGUAUGAAGGAGUUAUGCGCUUUGCGAUUUCCUGUUAGCUGUGGAAAGAGGAACAGGUGCUUGCUCAAGAAUUUGUGCUGAUUGGAGCUUCCAGAUCUUCGUCAAACCUCUCCAAACUAGUGGAUUGGGGUUGUAUUCUGGAAUUUGUUAAUUAUACUGAUACUAGAAGUAAGUGCAGGUGCAGCCAUGUUCGCGUUAGAUGUUGGCACAUAAGAGGUUUUUUUUCUUUUCCUGGGAGGUUGUUAGUUGCCAUGAUUAGAAGUUGUAUAAUUGCACGGUAACUUGAAAUACACGUAUAAUCUACGUAGUGUUUGGAAAGAUAUUUGUAACUUGAAUAAAUUUGGAAAGCAAGUAAAAGAAACGAUUUGAUUUUGUGUUUCA